AUGGUUGAUCAACAUGAGAUGGAAGUAGAGGAAAGUCUUGAAAAACCUCAGCCAACAAAAAUAUCCUUCGGUCUGGCAAAAAAAAAGGAUGUAAAGUUAGUUGCUGUACCAAAAGAAAUAGCAUCAGUUCAUGUUGAUAGUGAUGAGGAAAGAGAACUAGAAGCAGGUGAACGCGAAAGAAAACGAAGAAAACUCACACAUUUUGAAGAUGGCAGUUACCCAAAAGAUUCUGAUGAGAAAAAAUCGAAAACAGUUAUUCCUAUGGUUGUUGAAAAUGAUUGGAGGGUACAGAAGUUGCUUGAUUUAGAAAAAGAAGGAAAGCUAACUGAUCAAGACAGAGCUAAACUUGCUCUACUCACUGAAGCCAACCCUUUCAAAGUGUCUGAGAGUGGAGAUCCUGCUGUAGCCAUUCCUCUCGAUAAUGAUGAUAAAGUUAUUGAAGACGCUGACUAUAGUUUAGUGCCCAUCGAAGAAUUCGGUCUCGCGAUUUUAAGAGGUUGUGGAUGGAAUGACGGAGAAGGAAUAGGAAAAAAUCCCCAGAUUGUAAAAGUACAGCUCCCUCCUCAGAGGCCGAAGGGGCUAGGUUUGGGUGCUGUCCCGGCAAAACCGAAAAAGGCAGGCUCAAGUAAAGAUAAAGGAAAAGAUGAAGAGUUGAGCAAUGAGUUGAAGAAAGAUUCUCUCAUUAAGAUUGUCAGUGGAAGAUUGACCGGGAGUUAUGGAAAAGUAGAAUCUCGAGAUGAUGAUAACAAUAGUUUGUAUGUUAGAUUAGCGUUGGGAGGUACAUCUGUCAAGGUGUCUUUAUUUGCUGUUGAAGCUGUUACUAAGAAGGAAUAUGAACAAGACAGCAAAUGCUUGAAUAAAAAAGAUUAUGACCUGGAGAAGGAGAGGAUAGAAAAGAAAAAAGAAGAAAUAGAGGCUAGUUUAAGGAAAAAAGAAUCAAAGGACUAUCAGAAAGAUAAGGAUAGAGAUUACUCUAAAAGUAGUAGCAGUAAGAAAAGUUCGUCCUAUGUUGAUGAUUCCGAAGUAUGGGUUAGACCCGACCUUAUGGUUCGAUUUGUUGAUAAAGAUUACAAAAAAGGACGUUUAUUUGGAUCAAAGUUAAGAGUGGUUGAUGUUGCAUCCCGGAAAGACGUCUCUUUAGAGGAUGACGCUGGUCGUAUGUAUUAUAAUUUACGUCAAUCUUGGAUGGAAACGGUCAUACCCCGAAAAGAAGGGGACCGAGUGAUGGUUGUGCGUGGGAAAUAUUCCGGUUCAAUAGCAGUUAUGGAAGAAAAGGAUAAGAGGAAUUGUUUAAUUGUUGCCAGGCUGCUGAGUUCAAAUAAGGUUGUGGAGUUGGAUUUCGAUUAUGUCAGUCAAUUCGAUCCCAAAGAUGAUGAACUUUACGAGGAUUAA